UCGCACCUAUCCACCCGCCCACCCACCCACCAUCCAUCCAUCCGCGCCCAACCAGGACCGCGCGGCUCUACCAGCUAACCAAGAUCAAUUUCAUCAUGAUUGAGGAUAAGGAGAACAAAGACCAUUCUUCAGAAGGAGGGAGGGCGGCUGUCGUUUUUUCCUUAAAGAAUGAAGUUGGAGGGCUUGUAAAAGCUCUUAAGCUCUUUCAGGAGAAGCAUGUAAAUCUGGUGCACAUUGAGUCUAGAAAAUCAAAGAGAAGAAACUCGGAAUUUGAGAUUUUUGUUGAUUGUGAUACAAACAGAGAACAGUUGAAUGAACUCUUUCAAUUGUUGAAGUCCCACACCAAUGUGAUGUCGGUCAACCCAUCAGUGAAUUUCAUCACACAGGAGAAUGAUAUGGAGACCGUCCCCUGGUUUCCUAGGAAGAUCUCUGACUUGGAUAAGUGUGCCAACAGAGUUUUGAUGUAUGGAGCUGAAUUAGAUGCAGAUCAUCCAGGUUUCAGAGACAACGUCUAUCGAAAGAGAAGAAAGUAUUUUGCAGACUUGGCGUUGAACUAUAAACACGGGGACCCCAUCCCUAAGAUCGAAUUCACCGAAGAGGAGAUUAACACCUGGGGAACGGUGUUCCGUGAGCUCAACAAACUCUACCCGACCCACGCCUGCAGAGAAUACCUUAAAAACUUACCGCUGCUAGCCAAACGCUGUGACUAUCGAGAAGAUAAUAUCCCCCAGCUGGAAGAUGUAUCCCGGUUCUUAAAAGAACGCACUGGCUUCUCCAUCCGUCCCGUGGCUGGUUAUCUGUCACCAAGAGACUUCUUAGCGGGUUUGGCGUUCAGAGUUUUCCACUGCACUCAGUACGUGAGACACAGCUCAGACCCCCUCUACACUCCAGAGCCAGAUACCUGCCACGAGCUCUUAGGUCACGUCCCCCUUCUGGCCGAGCCCAGCUUCGCUCAGUUCUCUCAAGAAAUCGGCUUGGCGUCUCUAGGAGCAUCCGACGAAGCUGUUCAAAAACUGGCCACGUGUUACUUUUUCACUGUGGAGUUUGGCUUAUGUAAACAAGAAGGGCAACUGAGAGUCUAUGGUGCAGGUUUACUGUCCUCCAUCGGUGAGCUCAAACAUGCUCUCUCCGGACUCGCCAAAGUAAAGCCCUUUGAUCCGAAGGUCACCUGCAAACAAGAGUGCAUUAUCACCACUUUCCAGGAAGUCUACUUUGUUUCUGAAAGUUUCGAAGAGGCAAAGGAGAAGAUGAGGGAAUUUGCCAAGACAAUUAAGCGUCCCUUUGGGGUGUACUACAAUCCGUAUACCCAGAGUGUGCAGCUCCUCAAGGACACCAAGGGCAUCGCCUGUGUGGUGAACGAAUUGCGGCACGAACUCGACCUCGUCGGUGACGCCCUCACGAGAAUGAGUAGACAACUUGGGGUCUGAGGUCGACUGCCCCCGGUAACUGUCACGGGCUUUUUCCUAUUCUAGGCACGGGGCAAAAUUCCUCCUCCUUUUAAACGAGAAGACAACAGUUAGGUAACGGCUACUUGAAAUAACAUCCCUCCCCUCCCCGAGCACUCGGGUCUUGUUAAAUGCUUCGAAAUUCUGACCAUCAAAAAUCUGAGGAAACGAAAGUCCUGCUGGAUAUUUAGAAACCGUGUAAUCGUAUUCGAAUGGCUUUUGGAGAUUGUUUGAAAGGCACUUCCGAGUAACAGCCCCCAAAACAAGACUUUGCCGCUUAACUUUCGCUAAUAGAGGCAUUGCUGAAGAAUUAGUUCUUUCCCUUUACUUCCAUUGGCUUAUUCAUGUAAAUGAGCGGAUGACAUUGAGAGAUCGGGGGUUAAAAAUACACCACCACCCAUGCCUCCUAAAAAUUAGUUUCCUAUUGAUUAGAUAAUGAGAAACAGUUGGAAAUUUCCAUUUUUAUGGGCACUCAGUUAGCUUGUAUCAUCUAGGCUGGAAGCUCGUUGUGGGCCAGGGAAGUGUCUACCAACUCUUACAUUGUACUCUCCCAAGCAAUCAGUAAAGUGCUCCGCACACAGUAAGCGCUCAAUAAAUGCGAUCGAUUGAUUGGUAUUACCCCAGUACUAUUUCUGUUACGACUUGGUGAGAUCCAUGAGCUCCCCGAAACUUUUUUUUUUACCCUCUCAUACUCAAAGGGAGACCCCCGUUCUCCCUCUCUUUCCUUGUUUGUUUGUUUUUU